GAUGCGGCGGCUGGUGCUGCUGGCGGUGGCGGCGCUGCUGGCCGGAGCGCCCUGGCCAGAUGUUUGUGAAGCUCUGAACGUGACUGUCUCACCUGGGCCCAGAGUGCAGUAUGCAGUUGGAGAAAAUGCAAGCCUGUUUUGCCACGUUUCUCAGAAGAGACGGACGGAGAGCCUGCUCGCUGUCCGCUGGGUCUUCGCCCUCCCACCAGCCCAAGAGUGUCUGAUGAUCAAAAUGACUAAAUACGGGGUCGUCCAGUACUAUGGAAACUACACGCGUCACUUCUAUAAGCGGAGGCUGCUCCUUUUGGAGGAGAGACAUAGAACAGUGUACAAAUUUUUAAUCUUGAAUCUCCAGCAAAAGGAUCAGGGGCACUACAUCUGCAAAGUGCAGGAGAUUGGCAAGCACAGGAACAAGUGGACAGCCUGGUCUAAUGGCAGCGCAUCUACUGAAAUCCAAGUGAUUUCCUCUGAUGUUCUGGAUGACUCUGCCGCUGAGAAGAACCACAAGGCCUGGAAGUUUUUUGAAGACAUGUACGUCUACGCGGUGUUCGUGUGCUCCGUAGGCAUCGUCAGUGUUCUGCUCUUCACCCUGGUCAUUCUCUGCCAGACCUUGAUCAACAAGAAACGAUCCCGAGGAAAACAUUACUUGGUGAGGUGUUCCCAGAACAGCUUAGGGGAACCGGGCAAUGGCGUGACCAGCUUGUCUCCAGCGGAGCCCAUAAAAGUUAAAAGGAAGAAGGAGAAAGUGGAUCAGCCUCCCGCCAUUCCGGCCAAAGCACCAAUAUCCAACACUUUCCCAAAGCCUAAGCUCCUGAAACCACAAAGGAAAGUCCUGCUGCCCAAAAUUGCAGAGGAGAAUUUGACCUAUGCUGAACUGGAACUCAUCAAACCCUUCCAGAAGGAAAAAGGGAUUCCGACAAUGACCGUCUACGCUCAGAUUCUCUUUGAGGAAAACAAGAUGUAACGCCUAUCCAGGACAGGUCCCAUGUGCUGGCACAUAUUUAAUUCUUCCUGUGUAGUGUAUUUAUAAAAUGUCACAAAAGUGUCCUUUUGCCUGGUCUGUUUUUAUAAGAUUUGUAAAAAAAAAAAUGUAUUUCUUAAGGGAAUUUGGGUGGGACCCAACAAGAAAAAGGGCCUCGGACUUUGAACCAAGUCUUGUUUAACCCUGUAAUGUUUUUACCUGUGGGUUUUGUUUUGUUUUUACCUGUCAUGCUAAAUGUGAUUCCCCACCAGGACCCUUUUGCGGUUGUUGUGAUCCGAAACCCAGUGCUCCAAGUUAGGCAGUAGCCCCAUUUCUUA